AUGGAGGUAGACCAGUUGGUGCCUUUGCCAAGGUUGCCCCGGGUCGCUGUGUGCGGCGGUACCCAUGGCAACGAGCUGUCUGGGGUGUACUUGGUGAGAGAGCUGCUGAAGGCGGAGAAGAAAGUGAUGGAAAAGGAAGAGUCUCCGUCGUUGCUGAUGGUGCUGUCGAACCCGCGGGCCAUGCAGCAGUGCCGCAGAUACAUCGACACCGACCUCAACCGCUGCUUCACCAAAGCCAAUCUCAAUGGUCCCCUAUCAGACGCCGCCCCCUAUGAGAUAAUCAGAUCCCGAGAACUGAACGCCAAGCUGGGUCCCAAAGGAAGUCCCGAGGCGGUGGAUCUUGUUUGCGACCUCCACAACACCACCGCCAACAUGGGCCUGUGCUUCAUCGCGUACUCUGACGUUGACUGGAUCUGCCUGCAUAUAUUCAGACACCUGCAGAGGCAGAUGCCAGAUAUUCCACUGAGGUACAUCCAUUUUGACUUCUCCUGUGAAGAAUCAUAUUCCCUUGAUUCAGUGGGAAAACAUGGCUUUGCCAUGGAGAUCGGCCCCCAGCCCCACGGUGUGGUGAGGUCAAACAUCUACACGGCAAUGAAAGUUGGCGUGCAGCACAUGCUCGAUUGGGUCCGUUCCUUCAACUCAGGUACUAUUUUUGAAGGAGGAUUUGUGGAUGUGUUCACCAUGAUUAAACACAUCGACUACCCAAGGGACAGGGAAACUCAUAACAUCACAGCAGCCAUUCAUCCUCAACUCCAGGACCGAGACUUCUGCCUGCUCCACCCUGAAGACCCGCUGUUCCAGACUUUUUCAGGUGAAACUGUGAGGUAUAAAGGCAAAGAACCUCUUUAUCCUUUCUUCAUCAAUGAAUGUGCUUAUUACGAGAAGGGCAUCGCUCUCACCCUGGCGAGAAAAACGCGCGUGAUGAUACCUGCAAUCCGGGUGCAGACAGAGCAGGAGCAACAAGCGCACCAACAGGAAUUUGCAUCAGAGGAAGAGGAGUGAGGAUGGACCUUUACCACGGCCAGCAUGAUGAGACUGAUGUGACGAUGCAGUCAUUUUUACAAAAAAGCUUUUAUUGGAACAACAGCAGUUGCUUGGAACACGCACGUGUACGCUCACUUACACACUAUAUUUAAGUGUACAGUUAUUAACCGUUUCAGCUCACAACUGGAGAGUGAACAACACAUUCACUGUAGAUUCACAAAAGCACAGUCAUACAUGGACAUUUGCUGUUUAUAUUUACGCUACAGUGGGUUCAGGGAUAGAACAAUUUCUUGAAUUACAAGGCUGAAUAUGCAAAAUACAAUCUGAUUUAUCACAAGACCCAUCAGACCACACACAGUGCAUCAUUUCACAGACAUUCUUUAGUUUUAUUGGUGUGACUGGUGGCAAUUUAUAUAUUUCUGGAAACAUACAUAGCAUAGUUUUUUAAGGUCAUAUGUUUUUGAAUUCAUUUUAUUUUUGGGACACAUACAUCUUCAAAAAAUAGAAAUUCACUACUGACCACUACAGCAAUAUUCAGGAUAUGUUAAAAAAUAAUUUAAGUGCAAAGGAAUACUGUAGCUUGUCACAAUAUGGCCUUUAAAUUACAUUCAUAAUGCCUAACAGGGAAACACUGUUUCCCUUAAAUCCUGUUGAAAUGAAAUGACGGUAGCAAAUUAAUAAAAAAUAAAAUGAAAAAAUAUCAACCAAAUAAAUAAUAACAAACAACUGAAUUCACAAAAGGAAACCAAUAUAUAUGCGCAUGUAAAGGGGAACAAAACAAAAUGGUGAAAAACGACGACUAUGCUGAAAAAAUUAGAACUUUUUGAUCUUUUCUACAAAAGCCUACAAAAUCAGUCAAAACGUUACAAAAUGCUUGAGAAUAAAGAAAACAGUGCAUUGGGGGUAAACAAAUCAUAAACAAACACAGUCUGACCUCAAUAAUGGCCAUGAAUAAAUCAAUACAUGUCACUUAGGUUAAAAAAAAAAAGGGAUGUAAAUCUUUGUGUAACAACAGGAAUAUGUACACAUAAUAGUCAUUGUCUU